GGUGUAAUAUCGGCAGACCGGCUAGUAGGCGGGACAGCGACUAUAAAUGGAGGCGAGGCUCGUCCCUUGGGUAUCGGACCUCACGCACAGCUCAGGCGCACAGAGAAAGGUUGCCGUACGAAGCUGAUUAACGCCAAGGCAGUCAUGUUAAUGAAAAGCAUCGCCGUGAUUCUGGUCCUUGCCUGCGUCUCGCAGCUGCUCCUCGUGGUCGACUGUCAAAAGCAGGAGGGCGAAAAGAAGCGUAAGAAGGAGGGGAAGGACAAAGAGCAAACCGAUGCGCGCAAAGAGGCACCAGCCGAGAAACCUGCCAAGGGCGGCAAAGCGGCGAUGGAAGGCAAGUUCUCAAAAAAGGACAAAGAACAGUGCAUCUGGCGGGCGACCGAGGGGACCCCGUAUUCCUUGCACGUGAGCUGUGAAAAGGGAGGGGACAGACACACGUGCACAUACACCGGGAAUCCGGCUGCUUGUUCACAGUACGCAUCGGAUAGGAAAUCAUACUGGAAGCAAAUGUCACGGUCAUUAAAAAAGCAGAAGAACCUGUGCAAAGACGCCUCAUCUGUCCUCAAGGUCCCAUUAUGCAAGAAAGCACCUCAAGAGUCCCACUUUAAAAUGACCACAGAGUCAGCAGAGGUCCAGAAACCAGUACCUUCAGCAGACCUAGCCACAAAAGCCAUUGACGCAGAGGCGACACCCACUUCACACUGCACCGAAGAAAUCGAUCAAAAGAAGCUUGCCGAGGAGUACUGCAGUGGCUCGUGGACCUCCUUCUGCAACUUCUUCAUAUCCAUGGUUCAAACCAAGGACUGCUGAAAAAAAAUCAAAUGUCCACAAAGCACUUCUGACUACUACAUAUUAUUAGAGUUGUGUUCUUGUAUUAAUGAGUGGAGGUGUUCCCCCUUUCCUGUAGUUAUUUGUGUUAUAUACAGAACAAAAAAGCCAUUUUAUGACAAAUUUUAUUUUUUACUGCUAA